CUCCGACUGGUGUAGUACGCCAAGCACGCGUGUGUGCCCAGCACCGAUGGUCGACUUCCAAUACGCAGUAGUUGAACUGCUGGACAAAGAUGCAGUGCGAAGAAGUUGGACCCAAGCAGCGAGGCGAUGCUGUAUAAAUACUGACAUGCGGCGUCGUGAGACAAUCUGCUCAUUCUUGCUCAAUCUAACUUCACUGCAUCUGCCGCCAAGAUGAAGUUCUCUCUGGCUUCCCUCGUAUUGCCCGUUGCGGUUAACGCUGCGGCGUACUCUGCCCAAGAGUAUGCAUCGGGUGCUGUACACAACCACUUGAUGAAGCUCAAGACUGACCAAUGGGCACAUGACGAGGAGUUACGCGUUGCUGCCAACGACACCAAGCUCUGGCCAUCGUGGAAGAACUACGCAGCUGUCAAGUUCGGCAAGAAGGAGAAGGUUGAGUGCAAGAAGGGGCUUGCCAUUGUCGAGCAGGGCAAUGCCAACCAGACUUUCCGUUGCAACAACAUCGACCUCUACGACUUCGCCAACCACGCCGACAUUGGUGGCCCCGAGGGUCGUGGAUCUUCUUCCUGGGGAUGGACUGCCAAGAACGGACGUGAGUUCGGUAUUAUUGGACAGUUCAGCGGUGCUGCCUUCAUUGAGGUCACCAAGAAAGGCAAGAUCGAGUACCUUGGACGCCUGCCUGCUCAAGACCCCAUCGGUUCCCGAUGGCGCGAGAUCCGAGUUCUGAAUGAUUACGUUAUCAUCGGUUCUGAAGCCGUUGGCCACAACGUUCAAGUCUUCGACCUCAACAAGCUGUUGACUCUUGACCCCAAGAACCCCAAGGUGUUUGACACCCAGAAGGACCUCACUGGUCUUUUCAGCGACACUCUCCCCAUCGGUCGCACCCACAACAUCGUCAUUGACUGGGACAACGAAUACGCCAUUGCCGUCGGCGCUCAGCCCCGCAACCAGACCUGCGCGGCCGGUCUGCAGUACAUUGACCUCAAGGACCCCACCAAGCCCUCCACUCCCGGCUGUGCCAGCCAGGACGGCUAUGUCCACGACGCCCAGUGCGUAACCUACAACGGCCCCGACCGCCGCUAUCGUGGCCGUAAUAUCUGCAUUGGUUACAACGAGGACACAGUUACCAUUUACGACUCCACCUCCAAGGACGGCAAGCCCGCAUCCGAAGUCCUCUCCAAGCUCUCCUACCCCGGUGCCUCCUACGUGCACCAGGGCUGGUGGACCGAGCGCAACUGGCACCAGUACAUCCUGUUCAACGACGAGCUCGAUGAGCAGAACAAGGCCGGCCCUGCCGCGUCUGGCCGCCCCGUUACCCACAUUGCCGAUCUGACAGACCUCAAGGACCCCAAGUACACCGGUAACUUCUUUGCGACAGACAAGAAGGGUAUUGACCACAAUCUGUACAUUGUCGACGGCCUUGCUUACCAGUCUAACUACGGCAACGGUCUUUGGGUUCACGAUGUCCGCUCGAUCAAGAAGGAUCCCACAGGCAAGGGCGUCACUGUUGAGGCUUUCUUUGACAUCUACCCUGAGGAUGAUGCGGGUGAGGGUACCGUUGCUUUUGUUGGUACUUGGUCGCACUUCCUGUUCCCGUCUGGUUACAUUCUUGUCAACACCAUUGAGCGCGGUGUGUUCAUUGUUAAGAUCGACAAGGGUCGUGGGGGUGGCAAGGGACCUGGUUUUGGCGGAAAGAGCAAGGGCGGCAAGAGGAGCGCUUACUAGACAGUUCGAAGCAAAAGUCGAACAGCUGAAUAGCUAUGAAUAACGUCAAAUGCGAAUGUUAUUUUGAAC